AUGGCAACAGAAGCAGCAGCUCGGGCAUUCUUCUCGGCACCUCAAUUUGCAGUCGUAGGCGCAUCUAGCGACCCUACAAAGUUUGGACACAAAAUCUUCACUUGGUAUACGCACCACAACCUCCCCGUCACACCCAUCAACCCGUCCUCUCCGGAGAUCAAAGCCUUCCCGCCCUACCCCGCGCUCGACAUAAAAUCCUACCCAACGCUCCCCAACCUCUCGGCCCUCCCCAACCCAGCACAAACAUCAGUCUCCAUCAUCACCCCUCCCAAAGUCACUAUCAAAGUACUGGAAGAGGCGAAGAAGCUAGGUGUGCAGGGUGUAUGGCUGCAGCCGGGAAGCUUUGAUGAUGAGGUUUUGAAGUACGCUAUGAAGGAGUUCAAGGCGGCUGUUGGGGGCGAUGGGGGGAGAGGACACGAGGGGUGGUGCGUGCUUGUUGAUGGGGAGAAGGCCGCGAAGGAAGCGGGGAAGAGCCUUAAGUUGUGA